GCUCUACUGAUGACUGAGUGACAGAAUGCCACCUAUCAUAAUGAAUAACUUGGCAGAAGAAGCUGCUAAACUUUUAGAUUUUAAUCAGAAACUUGAUAUCAACCUUUUGGAUAAUAUCGUAGCAUGUAUGUACACGGGAGAAGGGCCACAGCAACGCAUGGCCCAAGAAGUCUUAACAACUCUUAAAGAACAUCCUGAUGCAUGGACUCGUGUGGAUACUAUCUUGGAAUAUUCUAGCAAUCAACAAACUAAAUAUUAUGCCCUACAAAUAUUAGAGAAUGUUAUUAAAACCAGGUGGAAAGUACUUCCACGACCACAAUGUGAAGGUAUUAAAAAGUACAUUGUUGGUUUAAUUAUCAAGACCUCAUCUGAGCAGCAACUUUUGGAGAAAGAAAAAGUGUAUUUGGGAAAAUUAAACAUGAUUUUAGUUCAGAUUUUAAAAUAUGAAUGGCCAAGGAACUGGCCAUCUUUCAUUAGUGAUAUUGUUGGUGCCAGCAAGACAAAUGAGUCAUUGUGCCAAAAUAAUAUGACUAUUUUGAAAUUAUUGAGUGAAGAGGUAUUUGACUUUUCCAGUGGUCAAAUGACCCAAGCAAAGGCUAAACAUCUCAAGGACAGUAUGUGUAGUGAAUUUUCACAGAUCUUUCAACUCUGUCAGUUUGUGAUGGAUAAUUCACAAAAUGCUCCCUUAGUUGGCUCCAAUCUUGAAACACUGCUGAGGUUUCUAAACUGGAUUCCCUUAGGAUACAUCUUCGAAACUAAACUCAUUACUACAUUAAUCUGUAAAUUCUUGAAUGUACCAAUGUUCCGAAAUGUAACUCUGAAGUGUCUUACAGAAAUAGCUGCUGUACAAGUUUCCCAAUAUGAUGAUCAAGUUACACAGCUAUUUACAAUAACCAUGGAACAGUUAAAACAGAUGUUGCCCUUAGACACAGUUAUCAAAGAUGCUUAUAGGAAAGGGACUGAUGAUGAACAAAAUUUCAUUCAAAAUCUUAGUUUAUUUUUGUGCACCUUCCUAAAAGAACAUGUUCUACUCAUAGAACGUAAGAAUGAGUAUCACAAUCUUUUGAUACAAGCUCAUCAUUACUUGAUUCGAAUUUCUGAAGUGGAUGAAGUGGAAGUAUUCAAAGUAUGCCUGGAAUAUUGGAAUUCUUUGGCAGCUGAUUUGUAUCGCGAAAGUCCAUUUUCAGCAGGUUCAACACCAUUGAUGUUUGGUCGAUCUCAUGGUGAAAUACCCAUUAGGAGACAAUUCUAUAUGUCAGUGCUCUCCCGAGUACGAGCUGUCAUGAUUUCUCGAAUGGCAAAACCAGAAGAAGUGCUUGUUGUAGAAAAUGAACAGGGUGAAGUUGUUCGUGAGUUUAUGAAGGACACCGACUCCAUCAAUCUAUACAAGAAUAUGAGGGAGACAUUAGUUUACCUCACUCAUUUAGAUUAUGUGGAUACAGAGAAUAUAAUGACUGACAAGCUUCACAAUCAAGUAAAUGGCUCAGAGUGGUCAUGGAAAAAUUUAAAUACGCUUUGUUGGGCUAUUGGUUCAAUUAGUGGUGCUAUGUAUGAGGAUGAUGAGAAACGGUUUUUGGUUACUGUAAUCAAGGAUCUCUUGGGAUUGUGUGAACAAAAACGAGGCAAAGACAAUAAAGCCAUUAUUGCAUCGAAUAUCAUGUAUGUUGUUGGACAGUACCCCCGAUUCCUUCGAGCACACUGGAAAUUUUUAAAAACAGUGGUUAAUAAGCUGUUUGAAUUCAUGCAUGAAACACAUGAUGGUGUACAGGAUAUGGCUUGUGAUACAUUUAUUAAGAUAGCUCAAAAAUGUCGCCGCCAUUUUGUUCAAGUUCAAGUUGGAGAAGUUAUGCCAUUUAUUGAGGAAAUCUUAGCCACUAUCAAUACUAUAAUUUGUGACCUUCAGCCUCAGCAGGUUCAUACAUUUUAUGAAGCUGUUGGAUUAAUGAUUAGUGCACAAAUAGACCAAGUUCCCCAGGAUCAUUUGAUAGAAAGGUAUAUGUUGUUACCCAAUCAAGUAUGGGAUGGUAUAAUCAACCAGGCAACACAGAAUGUAGAAGUUCUAAAGGAUCCUGAUGCUGUGAAACAACUUAGUAAUAUUUUAAAAACGAAUGUUCGAGCAUGUAAGGCUUUAGGGCAUCCAUAUGUGUUACAGCUUGGACGAAUUUAUUUGGACAUGCUUAAUGUUUACAAAGUGAUGAGUGAAAAUAUUAGCAGUGCAAUUGCUACAAAUGGAGAGAGUGUUACAAAACAGCCUCUCAUCAGAAGUAUGCGAACAGUAAAGAAAGAGACCCUCAAGCUAAUUUCUGGUUGGGUCAGUCGAUCUGCAGAUCCACAAAUGGUUGCUGGUAACUUUAUUCCCCCAUUGCUGGAUGCUGUACUAUUAGACUACCAGAGAAAUGUACCUGCUGCUCGAGAACCAGAAGUUCUUAGUACCAUGGCCACUAUAGUUAACACUUUAGCGAGCCAUAUAACAGAAGAAAUUCCUCAAAUAUUUGAUGCUGUAUUUGAAUGUACUCUAGAUAUGAUUAACAAGGAUUUUGAGGAAUUCCCAGAGCACAGAACCAACUUUUUCUUAUUAUUACAAGCAGUCAAUUUCCACUGUUUCCAAGCUCUAUUGGAUAUUCCUCCAGCUCAAUUCAAAUUGGUGUUGGAUUCAAUUAUCUGGGCUUUCAAGCAUACAAUGAGGAAUGUGGCCGAUAUUGGGCUUGAUAUACUUUAUACGUUGUUGCAAAAUGUAGCACAACAUGAAAAUGCAGCGCAAAGUUUCUACCAAACUUAUUUUACAGAUAUCUUACAACAUAUAUUUUCAGUUGUUACAGAUAGUUCACAUACUGCUGGUUUGACAAUGCAUGCAACUAUUCUUGCUUACAUGUUUAGCUUGCUUGAAGCAAAUAAAGUCACAGUUUCUUUGGGGCCUAAUAUACAAAAUACACAAAAUAUUACGUACAUUCAACAAUUUUUGCUGAAUCUUUUAAAGGCAGCUUUCCCUCACUUAAAUGAGCCCCAAAUCAAAGUUUUCAUUGAUGGCUUGUUCAGUUUCAAUCAGGAUAUCCCAGCUUUUAAAGAACAUUUGAGGGAUUUCUUGGUGCAGAUACGUGAAUUUGCUGGUGAAGACAACAGUGAUUUAUUUUUGGAGGAACGAGAAGCUUCUAUCCGACAAGCUCAAGAGGAAAAACGGAAAAUUCAGAUGGCAGUUCCUGGUAUUAUUGGUCCACAUGAAAUUCCCGAAGAAAUGCAAGACUAAUCUGAGGAGCAUUUGGUCAUUUGCUCUUGUGAUAGUUUCUCUGGAAUCUGGUCUCAUUGCCUAAUAUUGGCUUUAGCUGCUAUUCCAAGCAAUCCCCCUCUCAUCUCUUUAUUUCUUUCAUUUCACUAUAUUUUCCUUGUAAGUCUACUGUAUUUAAUGCAAUCACAUCUUUUUGUUCUACCAUCAACAUAUAGUUUUGGGUUACAAAACUCCUAGUUCUUAUCAUAAUGUACACGUUCUGUUUUUAAACAAAAACAAAAUCACAACUGACUAUUGACUAAUUGUUCAGUGACAUUUGUAUACUUCAGCCAUUAAACUGGACCAUAGAGAUUAGUUAAAAAAAGAAAAAGAAAAUGAACAAAUUGUUUUAGAUACAUUGCCAUGAUGUACUCUCUCGUUCUACUUAGGGUCACUAUUCAUAUAUGCAUAACUUUGGAGUAUAUUUAAACAAUGAUCCCUGACUGUUGAAACUUAUGAGGAACAAAAUUAAGAGUGGUUGAGUAUAAUGACAUAUAGUAUAUGACAAUAUGCUAUAUGAGGAAUUGAAACUUUCAAAUGUUAAUGGGUAAAACUUUUUCUUCCUUUCUUUAAUUUAACAUUAUUGAUAAGUUAAGAAAGCUGGGUAGAUAUAUUCUUUCAUUAGAAAUUAAAUAUUGUCAAUUGUUUAGUUUGUAUUUUUUUUUUUAUUUUGCAUUUAAUUAAUUUUUUAAUUUUGCUAUUGCUUUACAUGAGGUUCUCUUAUUUUAAAACAUGCUUAAUGGAAAAUAGGUUUAUCAUAAUACCUUUUCUAUGUGGAUAUGGGACAUCGUGAAUAAUAUACCUAGCUAAAGCUAAAAUUAAUUCCUCUCCCCACAAGAAAAAGAAAUUAACCUCUUAGUUCUUUUUUUUUCUCAUUUAUUAAUAAAUCUGGCCUUGUAACAUUCUAUUUUUUUGUGAAUGUUUUAAUAAUGUCUAAUGUUUUCUUCAUCUUUUCAAUCGUUCAUUUUUAAUUUAUUUAUCAUUUCUCUUUACAAUGGUAAAAACAUACUUUCACAGAAUGUCAGCAUUUAGUUGAACUAAUCUCACUAGCAUGUACUUCUGCCAGUGUUUAAUUGCUUCCAACAUUUCACACCUAUUUUCACCAUAUAUGCCUCCUCAUCAACACCUCUAAGCAUUUUUGUCCCACAUCUUCUGAUUCUUUGACCAUCUGAAACUUCUCAUUAUGACCAUCACAAAAGCAUUUUUUGUAAGAAAAUAACAACAAAAGUAUAAAAAGAAGUAAAAAAAAUAAUACUA